ACCACACUAGACCAGUUCAGACAGAUCAGACCAGACCAGCAAAUUUCGGUCCAAAUAAAAACAUCCUAAAAGAAAAAAUAACAAGGUUUUUGGACAAUCCAAAAAAGAAAGAUGGCAAAUGGAUUAUGGAUGGAGCAAAUAUCUUGAAAGUUUAUCAGAUGUAUAUUAAUGCAAUCUCCUUGAACGUAAUGUCCAUGACAAACAAAUGUAUCAUAAAGCUUGCACCAGGAGCAACCGGGGUGCACAUUAUUGAUUUCCGAAUUCUGUACGGUUUUUAUGGCCAAGUCUCAUCCAAGGUCACUUGACAAGCUAGGCCUGGUGGGCCUCCAACGCUUCACAUAACUGGGAUAGACUUUAUGCAGCCUGGUUUCCAUCCUGAAGAGCUGGUCCAGGUCGUGGCCUAAUACUGCAAACGAUACAACGUACCAUUUGAGUUCAAAGUCGUAGCAAAGAAAUGGGAGAGCAUAACACUUGAAGACCUCGAUGUUGAUGGGGAUGGCGACGUCCUGGUUGUCAACUGUUUGGACGUGCUAGGAAUGGUGCCGGACGAGACAAUGGCGCCACAUAACAACCCAAGGAUAUUGUGUUCAAUCUGAUUAAGAAAAUUAAUCCAGAUAUUUUUAUCCACGUGGUUGUGAAUGGGGCCCACAGUGCCACAUUCUUUGCCACAAGAUUCCAUGAGGCACUCUAUCAUUUCUCCUCAGUGUUUGACAUGUUUGAUGCGACUGUGCCAAGUGAAGAUAAGGACAGGCGACUGUUUAAGGAAAUGUUGUGUGGAACUUGGAAGAGAUGUGUUGAAUGUGAUCGCUUGUGAAGGAAUGGAGAGAGCCGAGACUCGAGAGGCCAGAGACAUACAAGCAAUGGCAUGUCCAAGGGAUCCAAGCCAAAUGGCUGGACUCCCGCAAUUGCCACUCGAUCAAGAGAUCUUCAAUUGUGUAAGGGAGAAAGUAAAAU